UCAGGAAAAGAACAGUCUUCUGAAUUACAACGUGUCUUGCAUCAUGACGCUGCCGCCGUACCAACGCCAGGGCUACGGCAGACUCCUCAUUGACUUCAGUUACCUCCUGACGAAGAACGAGGGCAAGAUCGGCUCCCCCGAGAAGCCCCUGAGCGACCUGGGCCUCAUCUCGUACCGCUCCUACUGGAAGGACCUCCUGCUCAGCUACCUGGCCACCUACACGGAGAAGAAUGUCUAUAUCAAAGAUAUGAGCACGGAGAUGGCCGUGAGCUCGUACGACAUCGUGAGCACGUUCCAGGCCAUGGGCAUGAUGAAGUACUGGAAGGGGAAGCACAUCCUGCUCAGGAGACAGGACCUUCUGGAGGAGUUCCUGGAGCGGCAGAAGCGGCGUCGCGCGGACUACAAGGAGAUCGACCCCAAGUGCCUGAACUGGCGCCCCUACGUGCCUCCGCCGCCCUCCGAGGACCAGACCAGCUCCAACAAGAACAAGGCCGCGGCAGCCAACAAGGCGGCGGCGGACAGGAAGAAGGCGCAGGCGGCGGCGUCGUCGCAGUAGAGGGGGGGAGAGGAGGAGGAGGGGGAGGAGGAAGGAAGAGGAAGGAAGAAGAGGUGGAGAUGAAGGAGGAGGAGGAGGAGGAGGGGGGUGUUCGAGGAAUUGUGAGAAAAAGGAGGUGGAAGAGAGGAAGUGAAGGAGAGAAGAGGAGAGAGGAAGAGAAUAGGAGAGAGGAAGAGAUGGAGAGGGGAAGGGAAGGAGAGAAGAGGAGAGAGGAAGAGAUGGAGAGAGGAAGGGAAGGAGAAAGGAAAAGAGGGAAAGAGGGAGAUGGAAUGUUCAUUCAUCGUCGUUCAUUCAUUUCAUGUUUUUUAAAUGUUUUAUUUAUUGUUUUUUUUUAUUCUCUUGAAAGAAAAUCCUGUUUUGGUUUUUAUUUCUUUAGAGAUUUCAUUCACAUUUUAUUUCUUUUUUUUUUUGCGCGCACGUUUUACGUAAACAUACAUCCACGUUCAUUCGUUUGUACGUUCGCUCACUCAUUGGACAGUGAUAAACGCAUUUUAAACCUUACUUAAGAUUUUAUGCAAUGUCUUUGUGUAUAAUGGAGAACGGAGACCAGGAGAGGACGAAGGUCAGGGAAUUUAGUCAAGGUCAGGGUCAAAGUGUGUGUGUGUGUGUGUGUGUGUGUGUGUGUGUGUGUGUGUGUGUGUGUGUGUGUGUGUGUGUGUGUGUGUGUGUGUGUGUGUGUGUGUGUGUGUGUGUGUGUGGCCAGCAUAUUUUAGGUGCCACCUUUUCCUUCCCCCACUUUCCUAUUCCCCUUUCCCCUCUUUCUAAUCCCCUCUCAGGAAGAGGAAGAGGAAGAGGGGAGAGGGGGUGAGGAAGAGGAAGAGGAAGAGGAAGAGGAAGAGGAAGAGGAAGAGGAAGAGGAAGAGGAAGAGGAAGAGGGUCGAGGAAGAGAGAGAGAGAGAGAGAGAGAGAGAGAGAGAGAGAGAGAGAGAGAGAGAGAGAGAGAGAGAGAGAGAGAGAGAGAGAGAGAGAUAGAGGGGGGGGAGGGAGGGAGAGCGAGGGAGAGAUUGAUAGAGAUAGAUAUAAAUAGAGAGAGCGUGAUCCAGCGAUACAUGGGAUUCCAGGCAACUCCUGUGAGAACACCACGUCCCUCCCCUCCUCCCUUCCCCUCUUUUCUCCUCCUCCUCCUCCUCCUCCUCCUCCUCCUCCUCCUCAUUCUGCAGCGUCUCACCUCUCGUCCGCCCCCCCCCCCCCUGUCUUUCUCCUGGGCGACCGGACGUUAGUCAGUCCGUCAGACAAUUCGGAGGAUUCUGGAACUCUCACUGCCACAAGCUAAAGGAUAAAUAGAUUUACGAAUAUAGAAUGUAAAUUAAAUUAAAAAAAAGUCACGUUGGCUGUAGAAGGCUCGCUGCGAUUGUAUUUUCUUCGGAUCAGGGAGCAGCGUCAGGGGGCUGUGAUGUGUUAGCGGGAAAGGGGUUCGGAGGAGGGAGGGCGUGCGUUUGGGUGGGCGGGUGGGCGAGUGGGCGGGUGGGGAGGGAAGGAGGAGGGGGGUGGGUACCUCAUGACACGGCUGAUGCCAGAUGGGAGUUCCAGCAGCCAGCGCCCGCACGCCCGCCCACCUACCCACCUGCCCAUCUGCCCCCUUGCUUGCCCGCCCGCCCUUCCGCCCGCCCACUUGCUAGGUGUCGAGGAGGCUCUUUUUCUCUUUGUCCGUAUCCGUGUCUGUGUCUGUGUCUUUGUCUUCGUCUUAGUACGCCUUCUCGACAGGGAGGAAGGACCCCGCUAGAUAUGGCUCAACUUUCUCGAGGAUGUUGCAGGCGGGAUUUUUAUAAAAUUCAGUCUUUUAUCAUGAUUAUUCUGUUUUUAAGAAUUGACGAGAUGUCACGUUGUUCAUUGAUGUAUUCGUAGAGAUGAAGAUUUUUUUUUUUUUUUAAAGGAGAUACACUUCCCGGUGGGGUAAUUUCUCCCCCCCCCCCUUUACAAAAAGAUUCUUUCGAGAGUUAAAGUGUAUUUUUGGUAAGUGUGGAAAUCAUGACAUGGUGUGUGAUGUAUAUAAUGUACAAUCUCCUUUGUUAUCGCUAGAAGGUUGAAAGUCUUAGCCAGAGGAAGGGUGUGAUGACCCUACCAGGCGCGCUGCCGAGUUGUUGUGUCCAAUGUCGAUUGGAUAGGAUUUUUUAAAUAAAAAAAAGAAAAAACAAACAAACAAACAAACACUUUUUAUGAACGUUAUUUAGCCGUUAGUUUUAAAACAUCGGUAAUGAUAAAUGUUAUCUUUUUAUGUUGCUCAGUCGAUUCCCAUUGGGCUCGUUUUCCCGCCCAGAUUCAAGGAGAAACAAGUGCUCUGGCGCCCGUCCUCUCGGGCUCCCGGCGAUCCGCCAUUGUGUGAAAGAAUGAAACCUAUUUUCGACAAGGUACGACAGUUUUUAGCGCAUAUGUGUGACUCUAUAUAUAUAUAAUUUCUUUUCCUUUCUUCCUAUUAUUAUUAUUAUUAUUAUAAUUAUUCCUAUUCUUCACCAUUCUCCCUAUUCUGGGAUUUUAAUCGCACGCUGUCUUAUAAAAGGGUUUGUUUUAAGGAACCCAGUUUAAAAAGUGAGAAAAAAAUAGAAAUAAAGAAUAAAAGAGGAAUUUUUUUUUUAGGGGGGAGGGAAGGCAUGCACAGUCGAGGUCAAAUUUUUAUUUUUGUAUAGCAUUGCAUAAUAUGAUAGCGGGAGCCCGGGCGAGGGAGCCACACCUGCAGAGCGCGUCCUGGAAGUCCACGAGAAGAGUUUCUUUAUAUUCAUAAUGUCACCCGUUAAUAAAGAAUGGUUAUAUCGUU